UAUUGAUGCGCAAGGGUGGUAACAGUCUCAGUCGUCGCCGAGCCGUCGCUGUGAUAACACCAAGUCUUCUCACCCAGUUGAAUUCGGGACUUGACUUCCCAUAGUCGUUACCAAGAUGGGCAAUCCAAAAGUCUACUUCGACAUGACCAUCGACAACGAGCCAGCUGGCAGGAUUGUCAUGGAGCUCCGAGCUGAUGUGGUACCCAAGACAGCUGAAAACUUCCGUGCUCUCUGCACUGGAGAGAAAGGGUUUGGUUUUAAGGGUUCUAAGUUCCAUCGUGUGAUCCCUAAUUUCAUGUGCCAGGGUGGCGACUUCACAGCUGGUAAUGGCACUGGUGGAAAGUCUAUCUAUGGCAAUAAGUUUGAGGAUGAGAACUUCCAGCUGAAGCACACUGGCCCUGGUAUCUUGUCUAUGGCCAAUGCUGGACCCAACACCAAUGGCUCUCAGUUCUUCAUCUGCACUGUGAAGACUACCUGGUUAGACAACAAGCAUGUUGUCUUUGGAUCUAUUGUUGAAGGCAUGGAUGUUGUCAGGAAUAUUGAGUCCCAGGGCAAACCCAGCGGUGACACCAGAGUGCCAAUUUUAAUUGCAGACUGUGGGCAGCUGUAAUUUGAACAUUCCUCAUUCAUAAAUUCUUUCUCUUCACCUCCAUGCAAGAAACCCCAUAUGUGAUGUUCAGAGCUAGAUUUAGAGUGGAGGGUUACAUUAAUGAUCUCAUUUUGCUCUGUCAUCUAGUUGGUUAUGAGAAUGUUUCUGUCAUUUUUGUCAUGUUUUGAUCAUAUUCUUAUUUGUUUAAAUGUUGGGGUCUAACUGAUAUUCAGUUUGGGCAACUUCUCAUUUACCAAAUAAAUCAUGAAUGUUUCUUGGCAUCCGUUUUCAUUGCCCACUCUAAGGAUUGUCAACUUAACUGAAAAUUCAAAUUGUACUUACUAUUAACAAUAUCAAUCUGCCUCUAAUUAGUGUCUGAAAUGACUCCAAUAUAUUGUAUAUCACCA